GAGGGAGCGCGCGCUGUUCGGCUGGGGCGGAGCGUAAGUUUGUGGGAGGCGAAGCUCACUGCUUUUGGGACAGAGGAAGGGAAGUACAGGACGGAGUCUGUCCGCUUUAAAUUGACGAUCGGCGACUGUUUAUCAAAAUGGAUCAUAACGACUCGGUUUUCUUCAUGGGCCCGAGCGGUCCCUCCAGUAACCUGCUGCUGGACCAGCUGCCCAGCUACCAGUCCCUGCUGUACCGCCGGAAGCCGUCCGUCGCCGGCAGCUCCAGAAGGCGGAGCGGCCAGCGCACGCGAUUAGGCUCGUCUUCCAGCUGGAAACUUAAAGGGGAGAGGCUGGAAGAGAGGCCCAAGGUGGCACCACUGCAGAGACAUGCCCGUGAGCUGCCGCUCUCCAUGGUGGAGAAACGCAGGCACAAGGAGCGGCACAUGGAGACGGAAAAGGAGCUGGUUGGCUGGGAGCAGUGGUGGCAGGGGACUCGGCACUCCCUCAAGAGGCUGAGGGAGGAAGGUGGACAUCUGCUGAUGGCCCUUCAGCUCUGGAGGACCGACAUCCACGUCAUAGAGGGGAUGUUUGGCACAGGGAUCCGCUCCUACUUCUCCUUCCUUCGGUUUCUGGUCCUGCUCAACUUUGUCAUUUUCCUGUUGAUGUUUGGCUUCGUCAUGCUGCCCAUAAUCGCCGUGCCCCACGCCUCGGGAAACAUCACCUCCAACCUGGACAAUGAAAAGACAUGUAGUGAUUAUCCCAGCACCUCCAGGCAGGGCCUGGUCGUAUUUCACCAGUACAUCUCAGACCUCCUAUCUGGCACAGGGUUCUUGGAAGAAACAUACUUGUUUUAUGGGUACUACAAGGUGGACAGCAUUAAUUUCCCUAAAUUCUCUUACAACCUUCCUCUGGCCUACAUCCUUAUCACCGUGGCUUACCUGUUUCUGAGCCUCAUAUGGAUUGUGAAAAGAUCUGCAGCUGGCUUUAAGCAAAACCUCAUCCAGGAUGAAGAACUCUUCCAGAGCUUCUGCAACAAGAUCUUCGCGGGCUGGGACUUCUGCAUCACCAACGCGAACGCGGCCAGGCUAAAGAGGAGCAGCCUGUUAUAUGAGCUAAAGACGGACCUGGAGGAGGAGAGGAUAAAGCAGAAGAUAGCGGGGCGCACACGCAAGGAGAAGUGCCGGAUCUACACAAUACGGUUGGCCCUCAACAUUUUUGUGGUGUCCGUGCUGGCUGCCUGCUUCUACUGCAUCUAUAGGGCCACCAUCUACUCCCAGGAAUCCCAGUUGAAACACCAAAUCUUCAUACUGGAAUUGCUCUCUGAGUACCUGCCCUCCAUCGUGAUCACCCUGGGCAACUUCAUCACUCCGCUCAUCUUCUCGCUCAUCAUCCAGUAUGAGGACUACUCCCCAGCCUUUGAGAUCCGCUUCACGCUCAUGAGGUGCGUGUUCAUGCGUCUGGCCAGUAUUGGAGUGCUGCUCUUCUCCCUCUGGUCCCAGAUAACCUGUAGGGAUGCCAGCUGUCCCUGUGGGUACAACCAUGAGCUCUAUCCAUGCUGGGAGUCUCGCGUCGGACAGGAGAUGUACAAGCUCAUGAUAUUCGACUUCCUCAUCAUCGGUGCCACCACUCUCUUUGUGGAGUUCCCCAGGAAGCUCCUUGUCACUCACUGUGAACACGGCCUGGCCAAGUGGUGGGGGCAGCAGGAGUUUGCCAUCCCCAAUAAUGUGCUGGAGAUAGUCUAUGGCCAGACUAUCUGCUGGAUCGGCACCUUCUACUGCCCUCUGCUGCCCGCCAUCAGCACCAUCAAGUACUUCAUCAUUUUCUACAUCAAGAAGCUGACCUUAAUACACAACUGCCGCCCAGCUACCCGCCCCUUCCGCGCCUCCAGCUCCAACUUCUUCUUCCUGGGCGUGCUGCUGAUCGGCCUCACCAUGGCCUACAUCCCCAUUAUCGCCAGCUUCGCACAGAUCAGCUGCUCGCAGGCAUGUGGCCCCUUUGUUGGCUUCAAGACCUCCUGGGAGGUGGUACCCCGUAGCGUAGACCAGCUGCCCUAUGGGAUAACAAUCUUCUUGAAAGGCCUCGCCUCGGAGGCCUCUGCGGUGUGCUUCUUCGUCAUUACCUGCUUGGCCAUGUUUUACGUCAUCGCGCUGGCAAGAGCUCACAAGUGUGUGAUCCACCAGCUCCGGGAGCAGCUCGCCAUGGAGGCUCGAGACAAGCGCUUCCUGAUCGAGAAGCUGCUGCAGGCACAGAGAUCGGCGGCUAGGUUCCGAGGGGGGACAUCUUCGAGCAGCUCGGGUCUGUACGGCCCUCGGAGCAGCACCUCCCAGGGGCUCUGCCUCCUCGAGCCACCCGUCUCCACAACCAACGUAUAAACUAGAUGUCUGGGGGGGUUCCUCAGGAAACUUUUAAUGAGCCCAUCCGUGAGUCCCGAUUGGUCCAGAGGAGGCCUGCACUAUCCUUUUGAAAGACAGGCCUCACAGAACUCCUGGGAAAUUAGCCUGAUCAGUGUCAGGCAGCAACUCGUCUCCCCACCUGUCCUGCAGCCCGACAGGUGGUCAGAUCUGUGGCCUUAAAGAGGAAACGUCUCCUCCAGUAUCAUUAGGUGCAAUAGAAUUCACUUCUCAUAACCUGACUCAUAUGUGGUGCCUUUUUGAAUAUUUUGUCCCUGUUUACUUCUUCAGUACUGUUUUUUUAAUCUACUUAGUUUUUUUUCCUCAUUGGGAGUUCUGAUCAUUAAUGCCUUCAGUGAAGGACCUUUUUUUAAACAGCAGUUAAGUUAGUCUGAAUUAAGUUUCCGUUAUUCAGUCACUUGUCACAAAUUAAACAGAGUGACUAAGUGUUUAAGGAUGUAAACACAUUGAUUUAGGAAGGAUGCUGGUUUCUGACAGAGAAAAUGUAAACAAAUUAAACACUUCAUUUAACCAUUAGCCACUAGAUUGUCGUCAACCUACCAGUCUUGUUUAACUUUUAAAAUAUUUUCUCUACUGUGAUUUUAUUAUUACUGUAGUCUAUGUCAAAUGGAAAUAUUUUGUUUUUAUAAAUAUUCUAUAAUAUUAAACAUUAUUAAACCAUUAUUAGAAGUAGCUCAAUUUUAGUGUCACCCCCCUGUGUCAUUUGGUAACUGACUGUUACAUGUUUUGUACUACACAAAAUAACCACUGACAUCAAAAGCAGUUUUCUAUUGUGAUUUGUCAAAUUAAUUAAACACUUUCAGUAUUUUGAGUUUGAA